CCGUCACCAGAGCACUACUUGUGCCGCCGCUGCCGACUGGAGCCGAGAUCGUCACCAUGCUCAGCUCCCUGCUGAUGCUCGCGCUGGGCUGUGUGCUGGCGGGUCAGGUCAGCUCUAACGAGGUCAAGCUCGCCGACCUGCUGAGGGAGCUGCAGCGGGGCCGAGAGGCUCUCCCGUACCAGAUGAACGAAUACGGAGAUGACUACGACGGAGCCAAUCCAGGAGAGGUGAUCAUGGCCAGGGUGCGGAAGGGUGCCGGCAACUGCUACGCCCAGGGCAAGUGCCUGUACUACAGCAAGCGCCUGAAGACGGAGUUCUGCGGCGACUGCGGGAGACGCCAGGGCUGCUUCCCAGGAGACGCUACCGUGAUGAAGGAGACCGGUGACGUCAUCAACAUGGCUGACCUAAGGGUCGACGACCGCGUGCUGGCAGCCAGCCGCGCCGGUCAGCUGACGUUCAGCCCGGUGGUCAGCUGGCUGGACAAGCGCUCCAACCACACGGCUCAGUACCUGCGUCUCACGACCGAGAGCGGCCACCAGAUCACGCUCUCGUCCAACCACGUCCUCCUGGUGAAGAACGGCGACCAGCUGGUGUCCAGAUUCGCCGGCGAUGUCCAACACGGUGACCUGGUGAAGGCGGCCGACUCGCUGCAGGAGGAGCAGUGGUCCCCGGUUGUGGCCAGCGAGCCCACCAUCUCGACCGGCGCCUUCGUACCUCUGACGGCCACCGGCACGAUCGUGGUAAACGGCGUGCUGGCCUCCUGCUACGCCUCGUUCGACCACGACUGGGCCCACGCGCUGACCACACCUUUGCGCUGGCUGCCCGCUCUCUUCGAGGAUCACUCCACCCGCGAUGCCGAAGGACCCAGAGCCGCGGUGGAGUCUCUGAAGCAGUUUGGUCAGUGGCUGUUCCCGCAGCCGGGGUCGGAGCUGCGCGCCGCCGAGGACUCUUCGGUCGUGCUGCUGCCGCUGCUGGCCGGACCGCACGUCGUCUCGCCGUAGACUGCCAGCGGCGCCGCCCCACACGUCGGGCCGCGCGCGCCUGGUCGCCGGCACCUGGUCGGUGUUGUGUUCUUUCUGUGACGUCCGCCUGGGCCCGGUGCCGGCACGCGUUAGGCGACGUCCCCUGCGUCCUCCCGUCGGCCGUUCAGCGACGUCCCCUGCGUCCUCCCGCCGGCCGCGUGCAGAGAAGUGUCAGCCGGCGCCGGCGGCCGGCUCGUCAGCUAAGCUCCGCCGCCAGCCGCGCUCGCGCCUCAGUAGUCCUACACAAGGCCCGUGGUUGGCGGGACGGCCGCGCCGACCCCCCGUGGAGGCCACUCCCCACUGUGGCGACUGACACUCUCCACGCCGGCUCGCCGCCUCCGUCCCGCCCUGCUGCCCCCAUCCCACCUCCCCCCACAGACACAGGUGCACGGUUUGGCGGCUGGUGCUUUAGUCCGGCGUGUGGACGACGGUUUACAGUGCAAUGAAAUUCGUCAGAUUAGGGGCGCGUUAAGUUGUGAGUUCAGCCAAGUCAAAUUUGGGCUAUGCUUAUGCGUUACCACUCACAUCUGCGGAAGCCCAUUGCUUCUUUUGCCACAAAAAAAUGACCUCAGCCUGUUUGGUGGCACCAUGUUGCCAGAAGCACGACCCUUACAGGCGGUGUGGUACAUGCAUCUUAGCAUGCACCCGUACAAACACUCGGCUGCAAUCCCGCCGUAAAGCUCCCGCCGUAAAGCUCCGAUCGCGAACUCGGCCGCAAUCCCGCCGUCAAUCUCCGCCCUAACGAUGACCCGGAAGUCAAUGUAGGAAAAGCUGUGUGAUAUCUUCCCCAAGGACCUCGGCAUGAUGCCACAAGACGUGAGAUAAUGACACAGGAAAGCCUGACACCAUCAUGCACAGCUCACAGCGGCCUCACAAAUUUGCACUGGCAGUCUGGCUUCGGUGCAACAACACUCGCAAAGUUUUAACAAAUUUUGGCCUGUGCAUUGCUGGAGCUACGUUGACCGAAAGUUGUUCAGUUUUCGCCGUUAUGCCAUCGCUGGAGCAUUUUGGCCAGGCCUGCCUACGGUAGCCGCGCGCGCGCCUCGCGUCGGUUGACACCCUUAACAGAGUGUGCGAAGCCACCUUAUCCGUUGAACAGAACGCCACGGCCGCUCAACAGGCUGCAACAGCUGGCCGUUGAACACAGCGCCGCAGCGGCUCUCCCUCCAGCGCUUGGCCGAGCUGCGUCACCGAGCUUUCCGCGUCGACCGCUCGCCAGGCGACUGAUUUGCUACGUGUGAUGCUCUUUCAGCGCGCCACACGAACAACUGUGCAUAUCAAUGAAACAUAUCAUGCCUCGCUAGGAGGCCAGUACGCUUUUAAGGUUGCUAUGACAUGAUGCCUGUGUAGUUUUCGUAAGUGUUGCUUUUGCUGUCGGGUCAGCCGUGCACUGCGAAAUGAAUACUGAGCGACGUUUCAACGGCCGGACAUGGACUAUCUCUCGUUCUGUCUCCGUGUUCUCAACGUUUGGUACUCGUCUGUCAACAUAAAUGAGUGUCAGACCGAGCGACUUCCCUCAACGUUUGCUUCCCGAACAACGCGCUAACACAUGCCAUUGGUUUGUUGUGAGAUGCCACCAAAAAACCAUUUGCGUGCCCUGAGGCUACAUCAUUUGAUUCUGGUGUCGUCGAUAGCUUCAGAGACAAAAGACGAGACGGUAAACAUUUCGUGAACACCAUAUGUUGCUGGUACUUCGGAAAUACACCUUUGG